UUUCCUUCCGUUUCCGCCGGAAGCCCCUCCCUGUUAGCUGUAGCUGCUAGCUCUACGGGGAGGACCAUAAGUGGGGGAGAAACUGUCAAAACUGGGAAGAAAAAGUGGCCUUAAAAAAAGGAGAUGAGCGCGGACAAGGACAGCAGAGGACCGCGGUGACCGAGUGUGUCCGCCCCCAAACGACCACCUCUCACGUAGGAUCAUGCAAUCUUUCCUCUCUUGACCGCUAAAUUUGCUGACACAAGAUGGGCUUUGGUCGGGAUCUGAGAAAUUCCCACGAGGGAUUGCUGAAGCUGCAGGAUUGGGAAUUAAAGCUGCUGGAGGCCGUCAAACGUUUCAUGACCCUGCGCGUGAAGAGCGAUAAAGAAUACGCCGCCCUGCUGCUCAACAUGACUCAGCAGAUGGAAAAACAUGAAGCGGCAGACUACGUCAGCACCGUCAGCAAGUCUUGGUCGCAGGUGGUGCGACAGACGGAGGUGCUGGGUCGUGUCAUGAGGAGCCACGCCGACGACCUCAACUCGGGUCCUCUGCACCGCCUCGCCACGCUGAUCCGAGACAAGCAGCACGUGAAGAAGAGUUACCAGAGUCUUCAUCAGCUGCUGGAGAGCCACAACCACAAGGUUACUAGGAGUGACCUGGACAAGCUGAAGUCCACGUAUCGUCAGCUGAGCCGGGACGCCAACAAUGCCAAAGAGAAAUAUCGAGAAGCUCUCAGUAAAGGCCGGGAGGCGGAGCGAGCUCACGAGCGUUACGACAAAGCGACGGCCAAGUUACACAACCUGCACAACCAGUACGUGGUGGCGGUGUGCGGUGCGCAGACGCAACAGGAAGAGUACCAGCGGCGUGCGGCGCCCGCUUUGCUCGACGCCCUGCAGAGGAUGCAGGAGGACAUGACGCUCGCUCUAAAGAACAUUCUGGAGGAGUACUGUGAGAUCAGCAGUCUUCUGACAGAGGAAGUCGUUAAAGUUCAUCAAGAGAUUUCCACAUCCGUUCAGCAGAUCGACCCGCUUGACGAGUACCAGCACUUCAUCGAUGCCUACAGGUCUCCAGAGGUCCCAGAGGCCACUGUGGAGUUCGACACGUCUCUGUUGGAUGAGACGGACAACCUGCCGGCCAAUGAGAUCCUCUGGAACACUUUGACGGCCGACAGUCUGCAAACCAUGUUGUCCUCUGCGACGGAGGAGCUGGCGCUGACUCAGCAGAACCUGAGGACCAAAGAGGCGCUGGUGGACGACAUGGACUUGAAGAUUCAAACCAGUCAACAGAACACUGAAAGGAAGAGCGACUGCGUCCUCCUCCUCAGUCAGCAACUGUCGCUGCUCGAGCUCCGUCAAACCGUCCAAUCGCUGCGCAGCUCGGAAGCCCGCCUCUCCUCGCAAAAGGCCCUGAUGGACACCAAGAUGGCCGCCGCCGCCUCGCCGCCCCCACCCCCGCCGGCCGUCACUCUCCCCUACGAGGACGAGACUCGCUCCGUCAGCUCCGCUGUAAGCAUUUUUUUGUUCGCCUCCGACCGCAGUAAGCUUUUCAAAAUAAAACCCGCGUUUCAGGACAAAAGCAAGGAGAAGGGCUCGCGUUUUGACACGCUGCGUCACUCCCUGGCUGGAAUGAUUCGCUCGCCGAAAGCCAUGUUGGGCUCAUCGUCGUCGUCGCACUUCUUCGAAGUCAUUCCAUCAUCGGAGCGCCCCCUGGCGGAGCAGGAGUGGUAUCACGGUGCCAUUCCUCGCACCGAGGCCCAAGAGCUACUCAGGCAGCAGGGCGACUUUUUAGUGCGGGAGAGCCACGGCAAACCGGGCGAGUAUGUCCUGUCGGUGUUUUCCGACGAGCAGCGACGACACUUCAUCAUCCAGUAUGCCGAUAGUCAGUACCGCUUUGAGGGCACGGGCUUCGCCACCAUCCCCCAGCUCAUCGAGCACCACUUCUCCACCAAGCAGCUCAUCACCAAAAAGUCCGGCGUGGUGCUCCUCAACCCCGUCGUCAAGGAUAAAAAAUGGAUCCUUAACCACGAGGACGUUGCGCUGGGCGAGCUACUGGGAAAGGGUAACUUUGGCGAGGUGUUCAAAGGGACGUUGCUCCGGGACAAAACGCCAGUGGCCGUCAAAACCUGUAAGGAAGAUUUACCUCCAGAACUCAAGAUUCGCUUCUUGUCAGAAGCCAGGAUCCUCAAACAGUACGACCACUCCAACAUCGUCAAGCUGAUUGGCAUCUGCACUCAGAGGCAGCCCAUCUACAUCGUCAUGGAGCUGGUUCCAGGUGGAGACUUCCUGUCGUUCCUGAGGAAGAAGAAGGACGAGCUGAAGACCAAGCAGCUCGUACGUUUCUCUGUGGACGCUGCGGCGGGCAUGGCGUACCUGGAGAGUAAGAAUUGCAUCCACAGGGACCUGGCGGCCAGGAACUGUCUGGUCGGCGAGGGCAGCGUGUUGAAGAUCAGCGACUUCGGGAUGAGUCGUCAGGAGGAUGACGGCGUUUAUUCCUCGUCCGGACUCAAACAGAUUCCCAUUAAAUGGACGGCACCGGAAGCUCUUAAUUACGGUCGUUACAGUUCUGAGAGUGACGUGUGGAGCUACGGCAUUCUCCUGUGGGAAACCUUCAGCCUGGGGGUGUGUCCUUAUCCGGGAAUGACCAAUCAGCAGGCUCGAGAGCAAGUGGAGAAAGGUUACCGGAUGGCGUGUCCUCAGCGUUGCCCCGACGACGUGUACAAAGUCAUGCAGCGCUGUUGGCAGUACAACCCCGAGGAUCGUCCCAAGUUCUCGGAACUGCAGCGAGACCUCGCCGCCAUCAAGAAGAAGUGACGGGAAGUGCGGCCUUCUUUUCCGCGUUGUCUCUUACGAUCGUGUGACUGAAGUAGGCGGUUAAAACACCCAAUGUGAACGGCAUGCGUCAGCAUGGAGCGACGCCAGCCUGACUGGGCAUCUGGAAGCACCACAUCUGGCACAGGAAGUAUGUUGCUCAAACAGGAAAUGAUGGUGUGCCAGCGUUUGCCAACACUACAUGCAUUUUUUUACACAGAUGGGAGAUGAGUGGUAAUGUGCAACAUCCCAAUAUAAAAUACAACCAGCAUAACACAAAGCAUGCAAAUAAGGUGGGACCUCAACCUGUCUUAAGGACUCGUUUCCCCACAU